UCGCGUUGGAUUUCAUCCGGAAGACCGCAAAACUUUCACAUCCUAUGUCACUCUCCGCUGAGCAACUUGUUAUGCUUUGUAAUAAUAAUAUUAACACCGAAAUUGGAAGACAGUGUGGUUUCAGGGAAGCACAGUGGUCAAAACGACUUGAUUCUGCAGAAGAUUGCAUCAUAACAUAGAGUCAUCAUGACAGUUGAAAAAAAAAAAUCGAGGACCUGUUCUCUGGAUGUCAGCUGAGUUACUAAGGUGACUCUGCACGCCAGGAGAGAGACCUUGGUAGAAGGAACCUCCAGGCUCUUGGAGACCCCCAUCUCUCCUUCUUUUCUGUGUGUGUGGGUCUUCACUGAACAUUCAAACCUGUUUCUCCAAAGGGUUUUGCAAAAACUCAGACUGUUUUCCAAAGCAGAAGCGCUGGCGUCCACAGCAGAAGUGAUGGGCAGCGUACGCACCAACCGCUACAGCAUUGUCUCUUCGGAGGAGGACGGCAUGAAGCUGGCCACCCUGGCGGUGGCCAAUGGCUUUGGGAAUGGGAAGAGUAAAGUCCACACUCGACAGCAGUGCCGGAGCCGCUUUGUGAAGAAGGACGGCCACUGCAACGUGCAGUUCAUCAACGUGGGUGAGAAGGGCCAGCGGUACCUGGCGGACAUCUUCACCACGUGUGUGGACAUCCGCUGGCGGUGGAUGCUGGUCAUCUUCUGCCUGGCUUUUGUUCUCUCCUGGCUGUUUUUCGGCUGUGUGUUUUGGUUGAUAGCGCUGCUCCACGGGGACCUGGACGCAUCCAAGGAGAGCAAAGCGUGCGUGUCCGAGGUCAACAGCUUCACGGCCGCUUUCCUCUUCUCCAUCGAGACGCAGACCACCAUAGGCUACGGCUUCCGCUGCGUCACGGACGAGUGCCCCGUGGCUGUUUUCAUGGUGGUCUUUCAGUCCAUCGUGGGCUGCAUCAUCGACGCCUUUAUCAUCGGCGCGGUCAUGGCCAAGAUGGCCAAGCCCAAGAAGAGAAACGAGACCCUGGUCUUCAGCCACAAUGCCGUGAUCGCCAUGAGGGAUGGCAAGCUCUGUCUGAUGUGGCGGGUGGGCAACCUUCGGAAAAGCCACCUGGUGGAAGCUCACGUGCGAGCACAGCUCCUCAAAUCCAGGAUUACUUCCGAAGGGGAGUACAUCCCCCUGGAUCAAAUAGACAUCAACGUCGGCUUUGACAGCGGCAUUGACCGCAUAUUUCUGGUGUCCCCCAUCACCAUCGUCCACGAGAUAGACGAGGACAGCCCUUUAUACGAUUUGAGCAAACAGGACGUCGACAACGCGGACUUUGAAAUCGUGGUGAUCCUCGAAGGCAUGGUGGAAGCCACGGCCAUGACCACGCAGUGCCGGAGCUCGUACCUGGCCAACGAGAUCCUCUGGGGCCACCGCUACGAGCCCGUCCUCUUCGAGGAGAAACACUACUACAAAGUGGACUAUUCGAGGUUCCACAAGACUUAUGAAGUACCCAACACUCCCCUUUGUAGUGCCAGGGACUUAGCAGAGAAGAAGUACAUCCUCUCCAACGCUAAUUCCUUUUGCUAUGAAAAUGAGGUUGCCCUCACAAGCAAAGAGGAAGAAGACAGUGAAAACGGGGUCCCAGAGAGCACGAGUACGGACACGCCCCCUGACAUAGACCUUCACAACCAGGCAAGUGUACCCCUAGAGCCCAGGCCCUUACGGCGAGAGUCGGAGAUAUGACUAAUUCCUCCUUGGGAAUAGUUAACUUUGAAACACAGUCUGUUGGUCAAAGGCCCAAAGCAGUUACGCAGACGACGGUACUGGUGAAGAGGUGGUUUGAGACAAGUGACCACGAGGGACUGAGGCUAGCACGAUGCUUUCAAAGAAAGACUGUAGGCUCAGAGAUGAACCUAAAGCACUAAACAUGCCUCCCCCCCCCGUGACCCGACGGCACAUAACACGUUGUAGAAUAAGUUAUGGGGUGUUUAUGUCUUGUCUUGUGUUUUCAUACCAAACUUGAACUUGCAGGCAAGCCUUGGUUGGUUGGGUAUUUGAUGUCUCCAGAACGCUUCUCUUUAGGGAACAAGAAUGUUUUUAAAUGGCAUCACAUUUUUAAAUGUUUUCAAGGCAAGACUCUGCCUUAACUUUUGAAAAGCUGCUAACUACACAAACACACGUUGUACUGUUGCGGUGUAGUUUUUCUUGUGUGUAAUUUAAAAAGUCAGUGUUGAACUUUCUUGAGAGCUCAUGAUAUGCGCUUCACAGUGGCAAGUAUUUGGCUAUUAGUUGCCAAAACGAGAGCCUGAUUUUUUUGAGGCCAGUAAUUUGUUUGCUAGAAUUGAUUUCUCUCUCUCUCUCUCUGUCAAUCUCUUUCUGGUUACAUAAGGGCAUUAUGUAACACUAGCCAAAUGGUAGCCUCCGGGUUGUUGUUAUUGUUUUUUGUUUUUUUUUUUUUCCUCCAUGAUGUUAAUGGGUGAUCUCAAAUUUUAAGUUAGACUACCUAAAAUAAAUACCAAAGAUAAUGCACAUUUUUGCACAGUGGAGCUUAUACUAAAAAGGAAAGAAAGCCCCACAGCUGCCUUGAAAUCAAGAGACAAUAACUUUGAACCUCAGCAAGACCUUGAACUGCCCUCUCCUUUUGCACCUUAUUCAGAAAACAGAACAUCACACACACAGUCGAGUAAGUGCAGUGCUUUACAUUUCUGUUCCUUCAUGUAACUUUCACGUUAUAGGAGGAAGAAGACAGGGGAAGAAAAAUUCACGCACACACGACAUGAACAUCUUUUCUUUCCUUCGAGGUGGCGCUAGCCAGGUGAACGCAUAUGUUGAGAGACGGUGAGGUGCCCUUAGAUUUUUUUCUGGGUUUUUCCAUUUUUUGCACAUUCCAAAAUUUAUUCCAGAAGACAAGACCUAGGUUGACAGGAGUCGGCAUCCUUGACGCUGAGCCAUCCAACUUGAAAGAUCAAUAGGUUUAAACCCCUGCGGCUGAAUUCCUUGCCCUGACAGCUCGUACGUCUCCAGCUUGACUUCAUCUUCCGAAAGAUGCCAUGCCUGGCCUCUAGGCUGGCUCUUACUAUCAGGCUGUCUGGACUGAGUCUUACAGCAUCCGAGGGGCCUGUUAAUGCCGAAGUGGGAAGGUGGGAAGAUGCAGAAGAGCCCAUUUUGACAUAGCUCAUCAGCUCAAGUAUUCAGGAGGGAGGGGAACAUUGCUUUUUUUUUUUUCUAAUGGUACAGAGUAGGAAUGAAAAUGUCUCAGUAAUUUAGGGUCAACAAGAGCCAUAAAAAUUCUAACAGAGUCACAAGUAAAGGAGAUAAUGAUCUAAAAGGGUCCUUUCCCCUUGAUGGAUGCACUCAUGCACUCAUGAUUGAAUCCGAGCUGAUCCCUUUUGCCCUUGGAGCCCUAGAGCAGGCUACUUAGGGCACAUUGUUUUCCAGAAGCCUCUCCUGCCUGGCUGCCUGACUUGCUAGAAACAUUUUGUUUUGUUUUGUUUUCUGCUGUAGCUCAACAUAAUGGAACUCUCUUUUGGUUUAAAGUUCCUUAUUUGUGAAUUCUGGGGUUGCUGACUUUUCUUUUUAAUUGGUGUCUCAAAAUCAACUCUCUUACGGUAUUAUAUCCCUGUAUGCCAUUAAAAAACAGCUUGUUCUAGAAUCCUGUAUUUUGUAAACUGUUGUCUGUGAUGGUCUCUGGUUCUUGAACAGCCAUAUCUGAAUGCGGUGCCUGCAAUAAUCGGACAGUCUCUGCUGUUCUCAGCCUUCAGAGUCGAUGGGUUUGAACACUGUGGAGUUAUUUUCACUGAAACCAAGUUAGAGAUAUCAAGCAAGUGGAUGUUAAGUCCAAACUUAAAGGCAGAUUGGGGAAGUUGUUUAGAGAGUUGGAGGGAUUGCGUGGACACAGAAUUUACAUUCUUCUGUAAAUGGCAAAUGUUCGGCCAUUGACAGAGGACGUUGACGGUUUCAGCUGCUGCUAUUUCGAUAUUUUUGCAAAGGAAAAUAAUCAAACCAAAGAGUAUUCAGUGGUCUGUAAAUUAAAUGAAGAUUCAGUGGAGAAUGGGAGUGGCCACAGAAAAGGCACCUUCCCAUCACACAGCGCUGCCACUUAAAAAGACUUGAGAUAUUUGAAAGGGGGUGGGUAGGGGGCAAGAAUGAGGGAGGGAACUCUUGCAACUUCUUUCUGAAAAAGAGAAAAAAAAAAUCUAAAAUUUCUGGUGCACAGGUUUGUUUUUUUUUUUUUCAAGAAAAUUUUGCAGAAGCUAUGUUUUUAAAGUGUACAUUUUAUAAAGUUUAUCAGAUAUUUUCAUAUUUAAAGCCAAAUGUAAAUAGAAGUCUGUAAAGGGAAAAAAAUUGCCAUAGAAAGUAUAAUUUCAGUGCAGCAAUUUCUGAGAGCUAGUACCUAUAUGCUACCGGUUAGCAUGGUUUUAGCAAAUAUUUACCAGCCUUAUAAGGUUCGUAUUGCUAUGUUCUUCUGUUAUUUAUUUCAGCAUGGACUGUUGAUUUGAAAGCUUUUUCUAGUUAUUAGUAUUUUCACAGUUACAAGCUUUAAAUGGCAAUUUUUUUUUUUUUUUUUUGUCAAGAGCCAAGACACAGGUAAUG